AUGGAUACGAAUCAGUUGACUUUGGCCUUGCAAUCGCAAGUACCAGGCCUAGAGGUGUUGAAUAAGCACGACCAAGCCUUAGACACCCGCUGCUCUUACUACAAUCGAAGUCUCAACCAACAACCUUUGGCAGUUGUGCGGCCUACCAAUCAAGACCAAGUCUCCAAGACUAUAUCGUUCUGCAACAACAAGAUUAUUGCAAUUGCCGUCCGAUCGGGUGGCCAUGACUUUUUUGGCAGAUCAGUUGUCGACGAUGGAAUUGUCAUGGACAUGAGGGGCAUCAAUUCGGUCGAGAUUGCCGACGACGGGGAAACAGCUCGUGUUGGAGGUGGCAUCAUCUCUGGCGAUCUGCAGCAGUUUCUCGCUAGGUACAAGCUGUUCACGCCGACGGGGCAGGUCAAGACAGUGGGCUACGUGAGCUGGGCAUGCGGCGGCGGAUACGGCUUCUACGUUGGGACCUACGGCUUCGGGGUCGACCAGAUUGUGGGUGCCAAAGUGGCCACCUCCGACGGACAGAUCAUUGACACCGACCAUGAUGACGAACUUUUAUGGGCGCUUCGAGGUGCUGGCGCUGGGAUCGUGGGGGUGGUUGUCGAGCUCCGCAUCAAGGUCUACCCAGCACCAAGGCUGUACGCUGGUCUCUUGACCUACCCGUUAUCUGAAGCAGCUGCUGUGCUUGAUGGGCUCGAACAACUUGCCGGGCAGGAUGGCCUCCCGGAUGCAUUUAGUGGCGAUGCCAUCAUUGCUAGACCUGAGAUGCUACAGCUUCCCUCCUCCGUGCCCUCACUCAUCUUCUAUUGGUGCUGGACAGCGAUAGAAGGGGGGCUGACUGAAGCAGUGUCCUUCCUGGACAAGAUGAGGCAUCUCGGCAGUGUCCAGAUUGACACAGUUCAAGAAACUGCAGCUGCCGAAUUCGGAGGCGGCGAGUCUUCCACGCCAGUAUUCUUUCGCAGCUGCAACGUCUCAGUGCUCGGGGCCGACGUCGCAAGAGUGCUUGCGGCGAGCCCACCGAUUCAUCCUCUAUGUGCUGUCGUGGUUCACAACAACCAUGGCCAAGGUGUCCGGCGCGGGUUCGACGAUGGCAUCGGGGCAGUCUUUUGCAACCGCCGCCGCCAUAUUAUCCUCGGUCUCCACGGCGGAACGGCCAUGGGCGCCGGGCCUGACCGGGGCAUGCUGGCCGAGAGCACUGCCUGGGUCCGUGGGCUUUUGGUGCACUUGUCCAAGCUCGAGUGUCAUCGCAGGGAAGGAUUCCCUGCCUUCUCUCCUCCAGAUGAUGUGCACCCUGCGGAUUUCUUUGGAGUCGAAGCUGCUCAGCGACUGUUUCAGGUGAAGAAACGGCUAGAUCCGGGAAACUUUUUCAGUAAAUAA